GCUUUCCAGUUAGCAAAGUGUUCACGUACGUGUACGACGCAGCAAAGAACCAAUUCAAGGAGUAACCGGCGUCUUGUGCCAACUAUCUAACUAGUAGAACUAUCUAACUAACUAGUGGAAUUAAUACGUGCAUAUAGAUCAACGAAUACCCGGAAAAAGAUGGCUGGUCACAAAUAUGUUGUCGUACAGUGCACACCCACCGUUUAUCCGGCCGAUCCCUUUGACGCCGAGGAAGAUGCCAGUCUCUUGCGAGCCGCUAUGAAGGGUAUAGGCACCGACGAACAGACCAUCAUCGACGUUCUUGCUCAUCGAGGUAUCGUGCAACGAUUGGAGAUUGCCGAAAAAUUCAAGACGAUGUACGGCAAGGAUCUCUUAUCCUCUCUCAAAUCGGAGCUGUCCGGUAACUUCGAAAAAGCUAUAAUCGCCCUGAUGACACCUCUGCCCCAAUAUUUCGCCAUGGAGGUGCACGAGGCCAUUUCCGGAAUCGGUACCGACGAGAGCGCGCUAAUCGAGAUCCUCGCGUCUCUGAGCAAUUACGCUAUCAGAACGAUAUCGGCUGUUUACAAAGAUCUGUACGGCAACGAGCUGGAAGACGAUCUCAAGAGCGACACUUCCGGUCAUUUUAAGAGACUUCUGGUGUCGUUGUCUUGUGCUAACAGAGACGAAAACACCGAUGUUGAUGAGGAAGCCGCGAUUCAGGACGCCGAGAAACUUCAUUCCGCGGGUGAAGGACAAUGGGGUACGGACGAGAGCGUCUUCAACUCUAUCCUCAUCACCAGAAGCUUCCCGCAAUUGCGAAGAAUCUUCAAAGAAUACGAGAAAAUCUCUGGAAACGAGAUUAAAGACGCCAUUAAGAGAGAAUUCUCGGGCGCUCUUGAAGACGGCUAUUUAGCUAUUGUGAAAUGCGCUAGCGACAAGACUGCUUACUUCGCGGAAAAAUUGUACAAAGCCAUGCGCGGAAUGGGCACGAAUGAUUCGACUCUGAUACGCAUAAUUGUGACACGAUCCGAGAUCGAUCUGGGUGAUAUCAAAGAAACUUACGAGAAACUUUACGGAAAAUCUCUUGCGGAAGCUGUCGACGAUGACACUUCUGGCGACUACAAGAAACUGUUGCUUAAACUUCUUGGAUGAAAAAUAUUUCAGGGAUAAUAUAUAUACAUCACAUAACACUUUCUUUAUAUGUGUACACAAUUGCCUUGGUUUAGCAAGUUCCUUUUAUAAUUUUGUUUGGAUUUUAACGGUGAAUAUGGUAUUACUUUGUAUUACUCACCCCGCGUUUGACACUUACAGUAUUACAAUAAUGUGAAAUGAAUUACUCGUUUGU